AGCUCCGCGACGCCCUGAAUGAACGGAGCAGACAGCGUCAUGACAACGGCUAACGUGCAGCUGCCUCUGCCCUCAGGCACCGUCGACGAGAUCCAGACUUCCGUCAGACGCCCGCGCAAACAAGUCUCGCGCGCCUGCGACUGGUGUCGAGCGCGGAAGAUCCGAUGCGACAACGCGCAGCCGUGCAAGGCGUGUCGCCAGCGGAAUGCGCAGUGUACGCACAAGGGCAUUGACGAUGAGCCGCGGACGUUGCCACAGGCGCUGAGGGAGGUUGAGCGGUUGAAGCAGCGCGUGAGAGAGCUCGAAGCGAAUCUCCUCUCCGCUGCCAACCGAGCCUCCAUUCCCACGCCCGAUCACACGCCCAGCUUCUCCAGUCCUGGGUUCGACGGCCAAGUCUUCUCGCAACGUGCCCCGUCGCACAUCUCAUCGCCGCCGGUAUUCUCAUGCGUCUCAAAGCCGCAGUGGAAGGGCAUCUACGUCGACACGGCGCGGUCGAACCAGCCCUCCUACUACGGCGCUGCCUCGUCGUUUUACUUUGUCAGUCGCAUUGGAGGGUAUCUGGGUAAAGCUCUACAGCAACCGUGUGCAGACCAGUCGAUGCAACUCCGGGCGCCGAGCAAAAAUGUUCAUAUUGAUGCGGCUACGAGAGAUGACGUCGAAGAUCCGGCCGCAGCCGCCAACGAACGCGCGAGGUUUAUGACGCGGCCGCAGGAGGAGUCUCUCCUCAGGUUAUUCUGGGAGGGCUACCACUGCAUCUUGCCCAUCAUCGACGAAGUUGAGUUCCGGAAGCACUAUGCCUCACUAUGGGAACCCUCCCGGUUAUGCCGAAAACAAUGUCCUCUCGUUGACAUUAUCCUCGCUCUAUGCCUACAGUAUGGCUAUGCCUACAUCCCUCACGCAACUACCAAUCCAUCAGGUGGUGAGGCAUCGCUCGAAGAUGCCACUAUUGCAGGACGGUGGUACUAUCGUCGCUCACAAUCCCUGCUCAUGGCCGACCUCGAGAGUCCUUCCACAACGACGGUGCAAAGCUACCUGUUCGCCAGCGUCUAUCUCUGCUGUGCAUCGUUUCAGAACAUGAGCCACAUCAUCACCGCCCAGGCAAUUCGCACCGCCCAAGUCCUGGGUCUGCACGUCGAGCCUCCAGCGGACAUGCCCACCGGCGAGAAGGAACUGCGCAAGCGUAUCUGGUGGAUACUUUGGACACUCGAUGCCAAGAUCUCCGCCAAGUUGGGCCGUCCAUUCUUGAUCGACGGGUCUCAAGUCACGGUGACGAUGCUCUCCGACGACAUGGAAACUGCAUCGUACAACGGCGCGACUCUUGGAUCCUACGGACCAAACGUCACCUGGCUGAGCUACGCAAUCCACUACCAGCAGCUAUUCCUCACCAUGAUCAACGUCCACGACGCGCUAUGGACCAGGUUCGGAGAAGUCAUCAGCCAGAACGGCCUCUCGUGUCUGUACACGGAUCCCGAUGCAGUAGAAGUGUGCGCCAAACUCCUCGCGACCAGAAUCCCCGCCAUGAAGGCCUGGGUUGACACGGUCCCUGUGGAACUGAAGAUGCAGCGCCGCGGUGGCGGAGAGCCGUAUUGCACUAGCUGCUUGGCCGUCGAGAUUGAAGCCCUCGCACCCACGUGGCUUCAGCGGCAGCGCGUGUGUCUCGAACUCUCAUACCACAACGUUCUCACCAACCUCACUCGCCCGUUCAUCACCUUCUACUCACACCCGGGCACCUACACGCCCGUUGCCGAACGUCACGCCACCACGUGCGUCGACCACGCCGUCUCCUUCACACUGAUAAUGCACCAAGUCCUCACCGAAUCAGACCUGAUGAGCGGCUGGUCCGAGUACUUUAGCAUGCAGUGGAACGCAGCCAUCACCCUCGUCGGAUUCGUCCUUGCCUAUCCCAUCCAUCCAGCAACCCUCAAAGCGCGCCAGGCCUUGGACAAGGCGGUUGCUGUCUUUGACAUCUUCGGCGCCAACUUUGCAGUGAGUGCCGACGCGGCUGCGAUUACGAGGGAUUUGAUGGCCAAGGCGGAUAUUCUCGCUGGGCGUCUGAGUAGUGGCAUCACAUCUACCACCGGAGGGAAUGACGUGGCACAGGCUACAACUGUUUUGGAUAGUAUCAAUGGCACCGGUGAUGGGCUGGCGUGGCUCGACCCUAGUCAGCAGGAUGGCUUCGGCCAGUUUAUGGAUUGGGCGCUUUCGGUGGAUUCAUUCAAUAGUUUCGAGCGGUUUUUUAACCCUAGUAAUCCGGCAGAUUUGUAGUUUGUUGUCCAGGACAUAUAAUGCCAGGAACCUGAUAUCUAAUUAAAUACCAGCUUGGUCCAUGCCGUCGAUCAAGCGGGAGUGCCAUCAGACUCUUCCAAGCACGUCGUGUUGCACUCAUACGCUUAUUGGCCGUCUGUUUCUAUUUUAGAGGUCUGCAUUUUGUCUUUAUUGACCGCUUGGCUCGUCAUACCCGGGACCGAAAGAGGCAUCGCUCGUCUUACAUUUAGCUGGAAUCGAAAAUUUCGGUCUGACGUCAGACUGGUGGCAUUUCGAGAUAAGCAGGACCCUAUAUACAAUCACAUUCCG